GCCCACUGCAGACGGACUUCCUGCCGGCUCGCAGUAGACGAAAUGGCGCGCCCCUGGAGCCUGGGCCUGCUUCCUCACACACGCGGUAGAAGCGGCGGCCGCCCCUCACUGCCGACAUUACCCGUCCACCAGCGGGCUACGUGUCCAGCAGCGUCAGGAGUACACAAGGCGCGUUUUCAGGAAAUGAUGGGGACUAUAUACAGGCAAUGUCCGCCAUCCAGGGUACGUCUACCUACGUUCUAAGAUGCCACAGUGCGGACACAGCCGGCCCGAGCCUGGGAAGACUACAUUUCCCAGGAACCUCCAGGGGCCUACAACUUCCAGGCAGCCGCUGGGCAGUGACGUAACCGGAAGCGCGCACGGGCAAGAGCUCGGCAUACGUCAUGGUGGCCAGAAGCCUGUUCGGGGCUACCCGGACCUGGGCCUGCUGGGGAGUGAGAGCGCUCCUAGGUCCCGUCACCCCUGGAAAACUCGUGGUACGGGAUUAUGCCAAGAAACCAGUCACCAAGGCCGGCAAAGGCGGCGCGGCGGGCGAGGCCCUGCGGGACCCCGAGGUGUGCACUGACCCCGAGCGGCUCUGCACGCACGCCAUGGGCGUCAACAUCUACAAGGAGGGCGCGGACGUGGCCCUGAGGCCGGACGCCGAGUACCCCGCGUGGCUGUUCGAGAUGCACCUGGGCCCCCCCAGGCGGCUGGAGGAGCUGGACCCCGAGACCCGCGCCUACUGGCGGCUGCUGCGGAAACAGAACAUCUGGCGCCACAACCGGCUGAGCAGGAGGAAGAAGCUGUAGGGGCGGGGCCUCGGGGCGGGGCUC